AGGAGGGGACCCGUGGUUUCCCUUAAUAAUAAUACCGAUUGAUCCAAUUCUCCUUAACUUCACCUUCCUUCGUAUAAUUCCUCCUCUUGCGUUCUGUUUUUCACUCUCCUUCAGAAUUUACCUCCGUAUCUAAACCAUGUCAACUUGCUCUGUUAAGCUGACAGAUCUCCUCGAUUUUGUGGAGAACCCAGAUGGCUCCCUCACCAGAAACAGUCCAUUUCCUGAAGUACAGCCGACGGAACAUACAACUCCAGAUUCCAAAGAACUUUCGCUCUCAAAAGACAUCCCUCUAAAUCCCAAGAACAAAACAUCCCUUCGUUUAUUUCGCCCUUUGAAACCCCCUCAAAAACUCCCUCUCAUUAUUUAUUAUCAUGGAGGUGGCUUUGUUCUUUACAGCGCUGCAACUCUUGCUUUCCAUCAAACGUGCAGUGACAUGGCUUCUCAUUUCCCUGCUCUCGUCCUGUCUGUUGACUAUCGUCUUGCCCCUGAACAUCGCCUUCCUGCUGCAUAUGAAGAUGCUAUUGAGGCUAUGAAGUGGCUCCAAAACCAAGUUUUGGAUAUCAACGGCCCUUGUGAACCCUGGCUUAAAGAAUACCUUGAUUCUUCAAGGUGUUUCUUGAUGGGCAUGAGUGCUGGAGGCAAUAUUGCCUACCAUGCAAACUUGCGUGCCUUGAAUAUUGAUAUCAAGCCCUUGGAAAUCAUUGGAUUGAUAUUGAAUAUUCCCUAUUUUUCUGCUGUCACCAGGACUGAAUCAGAGAAAAGGUUGAUCAAGGAUCCGGUUUUGCCAUUGGCUACUAGUGAUCAGAUGUGGGCCCUGUCUUUGCCUAAAGAUACCGAUCGUGAUCAUGAGUACUGCAAUCCGAUUGCUGGUGGGUCUCUUGAAAAGAACAAAAUCGAACGACUGCCAAGGUGUUUCUUCAGAGGAUACGGCGGGGAUCCGCUUGUUGAUAAACAAAAGGAAUUGGUGAAGAUGUUAGAGUCGCGUGGAGUGGACGUGGUUACAAAGUUUGAUGAGGAUGGCUUCCAUGCUGUCGAGGUUUUUGAUCCUGCAAAGCUCAGGGUCUUGUACGAUUAUGUUAAAGAGUUUGUUAACACUACUGUUAAAUGAUCAUAAUGUGCUGGCUACAUGAACUGGGAGUAAGGCGUUCGAUUGGUAGCAAGGGAAGAUUACUGGUCCUGCCAAAUCCACACAUGUUGGUUUGGCAAAGUUAAAGCUUUGUAAUGGAGUUUUCUAUUAUUCUAAUAAAUUGUGUAUGGAACAUGAUUUACUACUUCUUUCUCUGAAGCACCAAAUCAAUAUAAUAUCAUAAAUACGCAUAUAUUGGAGGUA